AUGAGCGCUCCUCCUCCGCCCCCGCCCCAUGGCGAGGCACCCAAAACCACUGCGGGCUCUCCUCCUCCUGGCAGUGGCCUGGGCCCCGGCAAUUACGACAUAUUCGUCAUUCCUCAGCGUGACAAGGGCGGCGGAUUCAUCUACUUGCCCUCCUUGGCACCCAACGGCCCUAGCUUUGCCGCUGGCUUCGCCUGCGCUCUUGUCCUCGUCGUCAUGUUCCAGAGCAUGGCGCCUGCCUUUAAGGCAUGGUGGUUUACCUACCAAGGCAUGGGAAACAUGGGGAUGGCCCUGCUUGUGAUAGCCGUCGGCGUAGGAGCGUGGGCUUGGGGAAAGUCGCAAAACCAGGGUGCUUCUACGAGUAACGGCUCGAAUGGCUACCGCCCUGGUCCCGGUGGCUUUGGCUCAGGCGCCAACUUCAACAGCAGCUACGCGAAUGCUGGCCCGCCUCCGCCUCCGCCGCCUCACGGCAACCAGUAUAACGGCCCUCCCCCGAAUAGCCCGCCGCCCAACCACGGCGCGGGAAACGGCGGGCCUAGAUCUCAAUGGCAAGAGCGACCUCAGCCUCCACCCCCUCAGGAACCUGAAACUGAACCUGAGCCAGAGCCGGAACCUCGGAAACCAGAUCCUCCUCCGAAACCAAAACCUGAUCCGUCGAAGAACACCUGGGAGAAGGCACGGGAGGAGACGAAGAAGCGCGAACAGGAGCGUAAGGCCAAGGAGGAGGAAGAGCGCCGCAAAGCAGAGAUGACACGGAAGCUGAGAGAGUUCCGCGAAAGAGAAGCUCGAGAACGAGCAAGGAGGGAGAAGGAGGAACGCGAAAGACGAGAGAAACUGGAGCAAGAGAUACGUGAAAAGGAAGAUUUGAAACAAAAACUUGAAAAGGAGCGUCAAGAAAGAGAGAAACUCCAGCGCGAAAAGGAAAAGGCAGAAGAGGAAGCCAAAGCCGCCAGAGAACGUGAAGCAAAGGAAGCAAAGGAGCGAGAAGUCAAGGCCAAUAAGGAGAAGGAGGACAAGGCACGCGAAGAGGCCCGUAAGAAGGAGGCAGCCGAAGCCGCCGCCCGCAAAGCCCGUGUCGAGGCGCAACUGGAAGCCUUUCGAAAAGCGAAGAGGGAGCGCGAGGAAGCAGAAAAGGCAAAGAAGGAUCGCGAAGAGGCAGAAAAGGCCAAGAAGCUGGCCGAGGAGGAAGCAGCCCGCAAAGCCAAAGAGGAAGCAGCACGCAAGGCCAAGGAGGCCGAAGAAGCCGAGAAGGCUCGCAAGGGAAGUAGCUAUGCCUACUCGUCCGGCGAGAAGACGAGUAUGUGGCCGAACGGCCGACCCCCCGCUCCCCCCACGACGGCUUCGACGCCGCCGAGACCUCCCCCUUCCGCAUCGUCCGCUCCCCCGAGACCUCCCCCUUCUGCUAGCUCCAUGCCACCUCCAAGGCCGGCGCCUUCCGCAGCUUCAUCAUCGAACACGGCCAGACAACCGCCGCGACCGUCGGCACGCACUGUUGACGAAGACCAAUACUCGUAUCGACCAUACGACAAGCCGAGACACCGACCCGCGUCAUCAGUCGGCUCCGAGUCAUCGUGGGCCCCGUCGGCAACCACGACAAGAACAACGCCGCCGCCUAGCAUGCGCGGCCCUUACACGACCAAGGAUCCCGAUAAAAUUGUCAUCAGAGCCGUCUACCUGUUCAUGAACCAGUUCGCAAAGACGCCUGCAAGCCAGCUCAUUUCGGGGUUUGGCACAGUGACCGACGGGCUCAUCCUGCGAAUCACGACCGAAGGUCUCUUCAUCGACGACGACGUCCGCGGCGUCCCUCAGCGCGAGUGGGACGUCAAGGCUUGGACGCUAAAGCUGGUCGAGGUAUGGUGCCCCCCGCACUGCUUGAAUUCGAAUGCUGCUUCUGCCCCUGCGAUGAAUUCCGCGAACCAUCCUUCGGGUUUGUUUCAAAAGAUGGCGAAUCAGCGAGCCCGUACGGCGGACCGGGGAGCCACCAAGACGCUCACGGGCGACGAAGCCGAUGCCUACCUGACCGAAAUGUUGCGUGCUUGCAAGAGUUGCUGUCGUCUUGGCUUGUGCGACACGAAAUUCAAAGAUACUAACAUUGCAUCUUCGUCCGGACAGACUGGAGAGUGGAAGACAAAGAGCCUGCACGUGCUGCGCGCAACAGUCCGAGACCAAGAAGGCAAGCGAUACAUGUUUGUCUUGGAUGAAGAGGAAGCCUGGAAGGUAGCGGUGGGCGUGCAGCGGUUGCGUAAGGGCACCCAGGUGCGCUCGCUGGGUGUCAGCGGCAUGAGCGCGUCCGAUGCGCGCAAUACGCUCGAGACUCUCGGCUGGUCAUGA